AUGGCCCUUAGCAAGGUAGAGCAGGAUUACAGAAGAUUACUUGAACAGGCGGUGGCUGCUUUCCACGCAGGCGAUCGACGUCGUUCCGCUGACAAGUACCUGGAAGCCUUUCGAAACUCCCCCUCCGAUUGGACCAAGGAUCGCUACCACACGCUUCAUGGGUACACCUCGGUUUUGAGAGAACGAUACUUUGAACCCUCCCAAGAAGAUUUUAAUGCCUUGGCGACCAUUGGAGAUUCGAAGCACGAACCCCAUGUGUACCGAUCCGAGGCCAUGUGGACGUUGGGGCUUUUGAAAUCGGAUCUGGGCAAGCGGCAAUACUGCGCCGACUUGUACAGAUCUGCGAUCCACCUCAUCGACACGGCCAAACCGAAAGAACGCAAGAAAACGGUGAUGGCUUCCCUUUAUGAUACCAGCCGAAAAGGAAUGGAGUCACAAUAUGCGAUCCGAUGGGACCGCCAUGGAAAAUGUGAAGCACAGGCCGUUGUAUCCUUUGGCACGCAUGUCAUGCAGUUGUUUGGACUCAAGGCUAAACCCGAAUUGAAUAGUCAACUCGUCGAUAUCCUUGGCCCCGAUCCCAACAACGAAGGGCGUUGGAAGACCAGGCUGGUUGUAAAUUUGAAUCCCCAGGGUGAUGGCACGAUGAGUAUUGCCACGGAAAAGCUAAAGCAUAUUCGACCCGUGGCCUAG